AUGGCGCAACAUUUUGAUGGAAAUGUUGCUUUUGGUGCACAACCCCCGAUUUCAGGGUUUAGAGCUCUUAGGUAUGUCGAACGUUCUUCUAACGGUUAAUAUUCCAUAUUUAGACAUCCUAUGGUGGUCCUUGCCCAUGUGGGAUUCAGAGGAGCAGCGUUGUUAUUUUAUUUCUUCGCCAAUUUCUUCUCGAGCUCUUUUAUUGUCCAAUUUUUGAUCCUUGUAAGUGCUUGAUGCUAAAAAGAGAAGUUUUUUUAGUUACUUCUUCUUUCCGCCGAUUUUUGGACUGUUAAAAAUAUAUCCGGUCGUUUACUGGUUGGACUUAGAUGGUGGAAUUUCGUGGAUGCCGAGGGAAAAAAUCACUGGAGGUUCGAAUCGGCGAAGGAUCCAAGUCGUUUUGAUCCAAGUGAAAGAUACAUUUUCUGGAUGAGCUUGGUGGCCGGUCCCGCUUUGUGGAUUCUCUUUGUCUUCACUGCAUUCAUGACAUUGAAAUUCGAGUGGAUGGUGGUCGCUGUUCUCGGAUGUUCAAUGAAUUUGGCCAAUUUGUAUGGAUAUUUGCGAUGUAAAUGGAAUAACACUACUGAAAUGACCAAUUAUUUCACUAAGAUGGCUUUUUUCUCGGUAAGAUUUAUUUUAAGUUCGUUUACGUUUGUUUAUUUUGUAUUACGAGAGUUUUCGGACCAUGGUUAAUAUGAUGUCUUCAGUUCUUGAGCAGACAAUCCCAGCCGGCCGCCCAGCCUAGCACGACAACCAUCUGA